UGAAAACCCCCCGCCCCAGCAUGAGCAUCGUCCAGCUAUGGUCCCCCAUGAGUAAGAAAGGGGACGGGUUCCUCCAAGUCAGCAAGGCGAAGAAGGCCAAGAUGAACAAAAAGGGCUCGAACUUCGCGGCCUUCAAACUGCAGGCGACCGGCAAGACCGACACAACCAGCACUUACUUCCGCUGGAAGGUAGAAGAGAUGGACUACUGCACGGAGACCGGAGAGCUGACGGACUGCGUGUCCAUCAAGAUAGACGGAGUCAACAUCGACCCGAAAGACUCCAACCUGGAGGACAAAACCUUCUCCGUGUGCCUGUUCGGCGGGAAAUACGUCGCUGUGGAGGAUGACCCUAAGACCGGGAUCCCUGACCCGGAAAUGGUUCCAGAGGAGGACUGCAAGUUCCUGUGCAGCUUCGAGGAGCAUCUGGGAUGGCACAUCACUCUCAAGGUCAGCAUCAACUUCGUCUUCGAAUUACUUUUCUUGUUUUGUUUUCUUUCUUAGACUACCUAGACAUUCUGACCACAAACAUAUACAUAUACAGUAACAGUACAAAAAUGAACUUAAGUGU